CACCAUCUUCCUUCCUUGCUCGCCAUUGCUGCCACCGUCGUUCUCCGAGUACGCCGCCGUACAGUUCCGGCUUUUCUCCUCAAUUCGCACCAUUUCCGACCGUUUUUUGUUGCUUUCCGUCGCCGUUCGUUGUCCACGGCUGUCUAUUGCUCUCUGCCGCACAACCAUUGAGUUUUGUCUAUUGCUUUCUGUUUAGGAAUUCGGAUUAACAAGCAUACACUAUGAGCCAAAUCAUCUAUAUACCGGAUAAGCCGCCAAUUCCACCUGAUCAACAACCCACUGUUAAUGUCUUUGCUGCGGUGGUUGAGCCCAAGUUAAUCAACAAUCUUGUAAGGUGCUUAAAUAGGAUAGCGCCAUUGGAAAAUCUCCGCCAUGUGAAGAGAGUUCAGAAGAAGCACCUUGAAGAUGGAAAAACUCUAAUAGCAUUGAUCCUAUGUCUUGCAAGUGAAAACGACAGCAAUUUGGAUGCCAUGCCUCUAGAUGUACAAGAGCUCGUGACUUCAUACCAGUUGAGUGCCUUUAUCACAAAGGUUUGUAAGGAAGCAGCAACAACAAAAGAAGAAUGGGAAGAGCAGUGCAAGCUUUGGCCAACAUCAUAUCAUCCACCCACAUACAAUAUUGAUGGUAUCACCGGAUUUAAUGAAGAGGACACACAAUCAGUUUUUGGCUUCAUGCGACUAGCAGUAGAAUUAGCACAGUCCAAUAAAUUGGUAGUAAAUGCUGCGGUGAUUGUAGAUCCUUCCGUUAAGCAAGUAAUUGCAAGUGCUUGUGAUCAUCAUAUUUCCUCUGAGAAUGCUUCCAUGAGCAAUGCCGGUGGGGAAAUAGACUUUAGAAAUCGGCUAGAAUCUGUUGGUUCUCAUCUUGAUUCCAAUGGAGCCACCAUCCAUGGAAAUUUGCCCUCAAGUGCCUCUUUGAAAACAUUGAAACAAUCAUGUUCUACUGUUUCGUGUUUGUAUCCCUGGCAAUGGACUGACCAACAGUUGCAACAUUUAUCAAACUCUUGUUGUUGGCACCCUCUAAGGCAUGCUGCUAUUGCAGCUAUUGAAUCUUCUGCUGCACGGGAUCGUCGUUUAUUCCCAACUUCUGGAACCAUUGGUGAUAAAUCAGUUGAAACAGAUGAUAUCGGCCCUCACUGCAACCUAGCAAAAAGACAGAAGACGAAUCUCGAAAAUGCCAAAAGCGAGGAGAAGGAAGGUACUGAUAUUGAAGGCAUAUGUUCAAAAUCAGGCAGGCCUUAUCUAUGCACUGGUUAUGACAUUUAUCUUGUGUGGGAGCCAUGUAUUAUGUGUGCGAUGGCGCUUGUUCAUCAACGAGUUAGGCGCGUGUUUUAUGCGUUCCCAAAUCCUAACGACGGGGCAUUGGGCAGUGUUCAUAGACUACAGGGUGAAAAGAGCUUAAACCAUCACUAUGCUGUUUUUAGAGUUGCAUUACAUGAAGAUGUACUAUAAUGGCUGCCUCCAUCUCCCUAACAGUGAAGAUUCCUCAAUUCUAUUGCAGAGGGAGUUGGGAAUAUGACUAAUUCAGGUUUUGUUGUGUUUUUAUUGUCGAUCUAAUCCAUUGAUUUUCUUGGUGAACCAUAGUUUUUGUACUCAAUGAUUGCUAAUGUCCCAUUUCUUCAAAUCAAAUAUGACACCAUUGUUCAUUAUUAUUAUUA